GCGGGGCCGGGGGGAGCCGCGGGGCCGUGAGCGGGGUAGGCUGCGCCCGUACUUAAGCGCUCUGCCCGAGUCGCUGACGUCUUUCGAAUUGGAGACGGGCUGCCCCCCUCCCGCCCCGGGCUCCCGCGGACACGGCCGGGGACGGAGGUACGAGUAUCUGUCUAGAAUGUCCAGGCAUGCGAAAAAGCUUAGAGAUCAUGAUAUAAAUCCAUGUAUAGCGGAAACAGAUGCCACUACAAAAUGUAUGAAUGACAACAACUAUAACAAGGAUCUGUGUACUGAUUAUUUUUUGAAGUACAAAAACUGCAGAAAAUUCUGGCAUGAAAUUAUGAUGCAAAGGAAGAGAAGUGGUGUGAAACCUGAGAUGCCCCCAGCAGAAGAAAGAAAGAAAAUCUUGGACUCGAUGGGGAAGCUCUACUAACUAGAAACCCGAAUUCAUUGACUGUUGUCACUGUACAUAAGAAGACUUAGCAGCAGCUAGUUACCAUUUUAUGAACUGGAUUUUACAGUUGCCAUACCUUGGAUUAAAAUAAGAUCUUAAAUUUUGAAAUGUGUGAGCUUUCUAGGAUAGAACUUCCUGGGUUACUCAUACUUCCUGUCAUAGGAACCUGACCUCUUUUUAUUGUAAGAUACGGAAAUAGUGCAACUUCUGUAGAAACUUUUGGAAGUAGAAACUACUUUGCUGUGAAAUUAUAAAUCUAAAAUUAAUGGGACAUGCAGAAAGUCUGUUAGAAAAGAUGGGAUUGGUGAGCAUUGCAGUGUGGUUCUAAGUUCUAAAACUGGAGGCCGUUGAGAAGCUGGUACAUGCAACUUAUUUCUUGCACUCAGCUGUUCUGCUCAAUAGUAUGGAUUUAUCAUGUGUGAUUUUAUCACUAUUUUCACUUGUGUUGAAUUCUGUGUCCCCAGUUAAAAUAAGACUGUUCCUAAACUAAAAUCCUAAAUCCAGCAAGCUUAUCAUUAGGUCUGCUGCUGUACUUGUCAGUGACAGCAGAAGCUUGCAGUUAAUCAGAUCUGCAAGUUUUGCUUGUUAGAAGGUUAGGGAGACUGGUGAAGAUAAAACUGAACUGCUCAGGUCUGAGCUGAAUAGUAAUUUCUGUGGAUAGUAAAUAGAUACUUUGGUGGCGGGCAGGCAGGGGGGGACUUGCAGACAUGUAAACAGAUCCUCUGAGUGACAUGGCAGGUUUAACUAUAGUACAUCUAUCUAAGACUCUGGACAGCUGAAACCUGGGGUUUGGAAAUGCUUACUCAUACCAGAAUACAAAGCUCAGUUUAAACAGAUUUUGGGGAGCUAUUGUCCUCUUCCUUAGGACUGUGUCUCUUCAGACUCUUCUGGCUUUGCUGCCUUGCUUGUCUGAGGGCACCUUCUCUCCUACUUGGCACAGGUACCCUGUGUUGCUUUAAGUGUUUGUAAAGAACUAGUACUGGUCUUCAAAAAAUCAGAAAAGGAGAUGCAUUACUGCCUUCAGGUAUCAAUGCAAGAAUAUGGGAUCACAGGAUGGACUAAGCUGGAUGGUGCUGUUGUACAACAGACUGAAAACAGAAGCACUCCACCCACUACUGGCUCUUUGAAGCUUUUUUGGUCUUCCCACAGAGGUAGCAGAAUUCAUCCAAUAGAAAGGAAAGAUUGGUCCUGAAACAGAAAAGGAGGACGUUUUUACCUUGAUGACUCCUAUCUCAAAAUCCUUUUUUGGAAGAAUGGUUCUGAAAAUCCUCAAUUAUGACUUCCUCUUAAAAGUCCUACUACCCUUGAGCUACGUCUUUACCUAUUCUACUUCAAUAAACUGCUAUGCACUGCAAACACUUCCUGAUACCAAGAGACUGGCAGAACACAACAGAAUCCUGCAUAGAACAAAACUGAGCUAAUGUCUGUCAAAGUGGAAAACAAUUGUAGUAAGGUGAUGUGUAAUGACAAUAUUACGCUCAAGAUACUAUAUUCAGUCAAUACCUCACUUUUAAAAGCAAUUCACAGCUCCAAGACAAAUUUACACUAACAGAAAUAGGGGCCAUCAGCUCAAGCUUGACUUAGAAGAAUCUAAACAUUUUUAGUUGAUGGUAAAAGAUUACAAUUGCUUUGUCAAAAAAGAUUUUGCAGUGUUUUUAUGGAAAUAGCCUGCUGGUAAUAUUUUGUUACUGUGUAACACUUGGAUCUCAAUUUUUUUUUUCCCUGAAAGGUGGAUCCCUGAGUGGUAUUGCAUGCAGAGUUGCAGUUGUUGAAGUGAUCAGUCAAUGUGGUUGCAUAUUACAAGUAGAGGGUGACAUUUUCUCCUAUUUUUAUUCAAUAGUGGAAUUGAAUGAAGUUGCUGCAUUCGAAUAUAUCGGUCAUACAGUGCUUGCUUCAAUCCAUAAGUUUCAAAAGGGUGAGAUGAAGCUAACAGGACAAAUCCUUAGGUAGAGGGUACACUAUGAAUUUGCCAGAUCCUGCAAUAUCAGUUUUUGAGUACUUUCUGGCUCUAUUUUUCCUAAAGGUGAAUGGUUUUGAAUGGAUGUUACUGAUAAUCUUAAGAAAUGCUGUGUUUUGGUAUCCAUCUAUGUGACAGGCAAACUAAAGCAGUUCUUAAGUUAAAAGUGACUGUUCAAGAUGUCGGAAAAACCCCUUUGACUCUCAGAUGGAAAAUGAACAGGCCUUGAGGGUUCUACACCUGUUGGCUGUUGUGUUGUUUAGCCAUCAAAAGCCUGUGUAUGACAGAAACUUUGAUCCCAGAAGUUUCUGGUGCUUCAUGUUCUACUUUGUACUUUGGUGCUGACAGACUGCUUGUUCUUACCUCAGCUCUGCUGGGGUUUAUGGAGAAAAUAUUUUGUCAGCCUUGAUUUUUGCCAGAUCGACUGUGAAGUCUGCUUGGGUGUAGGUGAACAGAAGGAAAUUUAUUUUUCUGCGAGGUGUUGCUUGAAUGAGUAUCUUUACCGUCAUUCCCUUCAACAGCUGCCAUUCUAUGUCCCUUCUUCCUCCCUCCAGCAGGUGCCUCUGAGUGAUUCCCAGUAUCAGUGCUAAUACUGACCUCUACCCUGGGGCAUGUAUCCAGCUGCCAAAUAACAAAGGGAAAAGGGAAUGACCAUUGCUCUCCAGCCCAGCUGGACCUCUGAGCACUUCUGUGGAGCUCCAGCCACCCUUGUGUUCCUGGGCUGGAAGGGACAAUGUAGGGUGUCCGAGUAAGCAGCAAAAUACAGGAAGCAAAUGCUGAAGUCACAGCUGCUCCCACAAGUCAGAAGAGGCUUUCUGUGCUUCAAAAAGGGCUUAGCUAUUCAAAGCUGUGAGCACACAAGGGCUGUGAUGCUUAAACUCAGCGCUGUCAGUUGAGUCUGUUACCCUGGCAUUAUCCAGUCCACCACCAAACCCUGUCCCUGAGCACCUUAUCUACACAUCUUUCCAAUAGCUCCAGGAAUGGUGACUCCACCACACCCCUGGGCAGCCUCUUCCAAUGGCUGACCACCCUUUUGGUGAAGAAAAUUUUCCUAGUCUCCAAUCUAAAGCUCCCCUGGCAAACAAGGCCUUUUCCUCUUGUCCAGACUGACUCUCAGCUCAUUACAAUCUGCUUUCAGGCUGUUGCAGAGAGCAAUGAGAUGCCCCACUGAGCCUCCUUUCCCCCAGGCUAAACAACCCCAGUUCCCUUAGCUACUUCUCAUAAAACUUGUGCUCUAGACCCUUCUUGAAGAAUGUCUAGCCUUCCUGGACUUAUUUCCAAAGCAGUCCUAUCAGCCAGGCUCCUAAACAGCCCAAAGUCUGUACACCAAGUGUCCAGUGUGGCGGUUCUGCCAAAUUCUGGACACAUCUUCCUUCUACCCCUCCACCUGCUCCAUUCUCUGAAAAUCAAAAACUCAUUUAAUGAUUUCAUGCCCCAGAUGGUUUCCAACAGUCCUUUUCUGUUCGCAAACAACUAGAGUCUUCCCUAGCUGGCUCUCUCAUUAGCUAUGUUAGGAAGCUAGGAAUUUCCUGGACUUUUUUUCUCUGCUGUGCUCUAUGAGGUGGCAAGCAGCUAGAAUCAGAUAGAACCUAGAAGGAACCAUGUCUCCUAGCACCUUCAGCUAGGCAGCGUAAAUAGUCUUUACAGUGUGCCCAUCUAUUUUGUCACAGAAUUGAUCACACUGCAAUUAGGUGCUGCAAGCAUACAUGUAUGAGGAGCAGAAACCCACUGAAAAGGCUCACUGGUAGGUCUUUACCUACAUCUGCACCAAAAGCAGUUUUGAGGUUUCUGCCCUUUAAACUUUUAAUUUUCAAAACCCUGAGAAUCAAUUAUAAUGAUAAAUAACACUUCAGUUCUUUUGCCAUUUCUGUGAGACUAGAAGAGUUCACAAAAUGCUUUGGUUUUCUGUGGUGUAGGAAAAUUGCCAGCCAGGAGUUGGUAGAAAGUGUCAGUAUUUCUUUCUCCUCUAGUUUGGCAGCUGCAGAUCAGCCUGCCAGAAAAGCUGCUAUAAAGCUGGAUGUUAGCAAGCAGGCGGCUGCUCCUUGAGUCAAGGAAAUCUCAUUCUCUGACCCAAACAGGUACAGAUUAAUCAAUUUUUGUACAGGUCUGCAAAUGCAGGCUGGUCAUUUUUGAUUGCGCUGGUGAAGUCAUUUUUUGCUGGUUAUUGCUACUGUAAAGCCCCAAGAAGCUGACACUGUUUCUAAAAUCAGAGCAAUUUGCUAACAUAAAAUGUUAAUUGAUUAACUUGGUUUUGUUCAUGUCAUUUCUUGGGUCUAGAAUUGCUGUUUACUUGUAGAAAACAAUUCUUUGGGCAAGUUUUUUCUUGUGAUUUAUUUCCAGUUCAGCUUUCACAUUGCUAGAUUCUGCACUAACCUAAGAGAAAAAACAUUUGCUGUUAAGUAAGGGAUUAAUACUGCUGAUGAGAUGUGUCUGACACAGGAGGUUCACAGAUGUUCUUGCACAAGCCUUUAGAAGGGCAUUCAACAUGUGGCAUUGUAGGAACAGACUCAGCAAAUCUUAGGUAAGGAAAUUGACUUAAUAAAUCUCUUUUCAUCUAACUAGACGGAGCCAAAUCAGGUACUUAGCCAGAAAUUUUUGUUUAUUAGUGCAGUAUAAUUUGGUGCUUACAAAGCUCUCUGGUUUAGGCAGUGUUUGUGAGGUGAAGGCACAGUGGCAUUGGGAGGUUUCCUGCUGGAAGAGGGUGGUUCUGCUGGGAGCACAGCGGUGCUUGCUGCAGAGAUGCUACUCACAAUCAGACAUCCUCAUCCACAACCCAUCCCAAAAAAAUCACUUGACAUGAAAUCCAAAUAAAGCUGAGCUGUUUGGUUGA